AUGGCUCCAGGCCCAUUCUCCCGCCAACAUCCUUAUGAGAUCCACACCCCCAGCUGGCACGCAGCAAGCAAUCGCCCCAUCGUGGACGGCAAAUACAAUGAUCCCGAAACCGGCGAAGUCCGAAAUACUACAGGCUUCGAGUUUUCCGGACCCCCUGCUGUUGAUGUUAUCAUUACAAAUCUCCAUGAGGACUCGUCCACCUCUGUCCGGCGCGUUCAGCUCCCCUUUCGUGUGGAGGCGCUGCUAGUGUGGAUCAUGCGUAUAGUGGAUGAACGCAAGCUACAGAUAGACUCUCUGAAUGCUACUCCGUAUGCUAUUCGAGUUGUGCUGGCUCAUGAGUUGAGUGGGGAGGAGUUCACAGAAGUUGCUGAUGUGAUGGCCAACGGAAUUUGGAAUGAUCGGCAGUGA